GAUCCCAGCAAAUGAUAAGCUCGAGGAGUGAAGCAUUUCUCGAGGAUAAGAGGAGGAAGAGCCGUUGAAGGAAAGAAGAGAUGACGAUGUCGUCGCCGGCCUCCACCCACCUCCUCCUCCGCUCCGCGUCCGCGGCACCUCUACUCCCUCGCCGCGCCUCCCUGCAGCUCCCCCGCGUCGCCACCGGAGCCGCGCCGAGACGAAGCGGCCGCCUGGAGGUGGUCCGCGCGGCCACCGCGGAGGCGGCCGAGGCCCCCGCCUACACCACCGAGUCCCUCAUCCUCUACUUCAAGGCGGAGGGCACCAUGGAGGAGAGGGCCAUUCCCAAGAUCACCCAGGCUCUCGAGGGGAUGGAUGGCGUCAGUGACCUGGAGGUGCUCGUCGAAGAAGGCAUCGGAAGUGUUGUGUUAACGAAGGCGACAACGGUCCAAGCUACCGGGGUGGCCUCAAACCUGGUGGAAGCCAUCCAGGGAGUUGGUUUCAAGCUGCAAACUCUUAGCCUCAGCUUCGAGGACUUCGACAAGGCCGAGGCUGCUGCUGCUGCUGCUGCUGCUGUCACAGGAGAAGGAGCAGACGUCCAAGCCAGCGAGUGAGCUAACCAGCAGUGCACGUAACGUGCUCUGAUUGUUGGGGUUCAAUAUUUCUUCAGAUAUUUCUCUUUAGUUGUCAUACACUCGCUCCUAGCAAUUUUUCAAGCUGCACGUUUUACCUUCCGGCAUAACUACGUACCCAUUAAAAAUGCUGCAUCUUCCCAUUAAAAAUAGAGAAGGAAAAAAAA